UCAGCUGAGCUCGUAAGCACGGAAUGGGGAAGUAGGAUUCAUAAUCUAUUUCACAGGGAUAUGAAACGCUCUUUUGGUUUGUAAGGCUGUACUGGUGAAGGAUUGACGCAGACUCAUAUUGAUGUGAUCCCUAUGAGCGAUAAAUCUGAAAGAGGAAUAUUCUCACAUCGCCUUUGGAGAAUGGCAGGACAUAGCGGUGGCCUGUCGGGAUCGCUCAAAUGCCGCUUUGUUUAACGUCCCAGCGUGGAUUGGUGGUUCGACUUUGUGCAUAAGUGCAUCUGAAUUCACCAGACACAUUUUUAAAUCCAACAGCCCAUCUAUUAGCGAGCAUUAACAGGUACCAUGAGUGGUGGAUGCUGUGGGUGUUUGCUAAUGCACAGAUAUCACAUUGGAGGAUGUUUAAUUCAGUACUUAAGCAUAAAAGGAAUGAUUAUCCUGACAUGAAUCCUCUUCAGCUCUCUGUGGUGUGGGCGCUGACGUUAGCCCAGCUGUGCGUGUUUUCUCAGGCUUGUCCUACGGGAUGUCGCUGCUAUAGUUUGACAGUUGAAUGUGGAUCAAUUGGACUGAAGGAGAUCCCACAGGGCAUUGGUCACGGCACACGGACUAUAUUUCUACAGGACAACGCCAUCGCACAGAUCCGUCAACGAGAUCUAUCAGACCUCGGCCAACUUCACCACCUCUACCUACAGAACAACAGCAUCUCCACCCUCGAAAUCGGAGCGUUCAGAAACCUGGGCCUGCUUCUAGAGCUCGCUCUUAACGGAAACCGCAUCCACACGGUCACAGCUGACGUGUUUCGUGGCUUGGAUCACCUGCGGAUUCUCUAUCUCGCGGGAAACCAGAUCACGCGAUUGGAGGACUACACUUUCCGUGGACUACAGCGUCUGCAGGAGCUUCAUCUGCAGGAAAACGUGUUGGAGGUUCUUGGAGAUGAAGCGUUGGUGGGUCUGUCCUCUCUGGCUCUUCUGGACCUCAGCAGAAAUAACCUGAGAACUCUGAGUCCUGCUUCACUCAAACCUCUCGUGAGCCUGCAGGUGCUGAGAGUCACAGAUAACCCGUGGCGUUGUGACUGCGCUUUGCAUUGGCUUCGCGGCUGGAUAAAUGAAGAGGGCCAGAGGCUGUUGAGCUCGGCGGAGCGCCGGAUGUUGUGCGCGGAACCACCCCGGCUUUCCCACCUCAGUCUGGUGGAGGUUCCUGCAAACAGUCUGAUUUGCAUCCCUCCCAUCGUCCAGCUGGAGCCCAGCCACCUGACCGUACGUCUGGGGGAGAGUCUGCGCGUGUCCUGUCAAGCGUCCGGAUACCCGCAACCCCAGGUCACCUGGAGAAAAGCCUCUCAUGGUAAAGCCCAGCUGUCCCCGAGGGGUCUGGUGCAGGAAGUUGGCAUGGAAGGAGAUACGAGAACAAGAGGUAGGGUGGUGACCGCCAGACCCGUUGGAAAAGGGGCGUCGAGUCGAGGUCCGGUGCUUGGAGCGGAAGGUGGAGGCGACCGAGAAAGCUUCAAUCCGGACACUGGAAGCGGGAUGCUGUUUCUCAGUAACGUCACGGUGGCCCACGCCGGACGCUACGAAUGCGAGGCCUGGAACCCUGGAGGGGUGGCUCGCGUGACUUUUCACCUUUCAGUGAACAUGUCGUCGUCUUCAUCCCCCUCUUUGAUUUGGCCUCGGUUGCACUCUUCUUCAUCGUCGUCGUACUAUCAUCCGUCCUCAGUUGACGUGAGCCAAGAGCCACUGUAUGAACUGGAAAGCAUGGACUUCAACGCUUUGGGCACGGCCAUACAGACCGCCAUAGCUGUGGGCAUUUCUCUUCUGGCCCUCACGGCACUGUUGCUUCUCUGCAUGAUUUACAGCCGUCACCAACAACGACUAAAGGAAGACGGUGGUUACGAAGUCAGCAAGGAGGAGAGCAUCCUCUACGUCAACGACUAUUCUGACGGUCCCACCACAUUCGCUCAGCUGGAGGAGUACAGAGACGAACGUGGCCACGAGAUGUACGUGCUGAACCGUGCCAAACCGGUGCUGCCUCCUCCUCCGGUUCCUAACCAACAGCCGGUGGCGCUCAAAACCACAGAGAUGCUUCAGGGUCAGGGUGUGCUAACACCGGGCAGGUCGAUCGGCAUGGGUCCCUGCAGGGCUCCGGCAGAGGGAGGAGAAGGUCCUCCACCCGAUCCCGAGGGGCUUUUUAUGAACCAAAGCUUGCUGUUCGACACACAAAUCGCUUAUGAAAUCCACUGCUGAGGGAAAUCACUGUGCUUCUGCUCGGUACAAGAAAAGACUUGACCCAGAUCAGUGAGGUUCUUACCAUCUCACAUAGUCCUGCUGAUCUUUAUUUUAUGUUCAGAGAGCAAAAAUGCUUUUUUGUGAUGUUUUAUAACUAUAUAUAUAUCACAUCACACAUACUUUAAAGCUAAAAUGUGCAAUAUAAAUACUGAUAGUGCCAGCAACAAUAAUACACGGCAACAAAAUGAAUUUCUUACUAAGCAUUUCUGUCUUGUUUUCUGGUAUCUAAAACGUCUUAAAUCAAGAUACGUUGAUGCCAGUGGGGUAUAAAAAAAUCAACCUAAAUUAGGUACUUAAGAGAUAGUUGAAAUUCAAUUCAAGAAGGGCUGUCAAAGCGAUUAAUCGCAUCCAGAAUUAAACUUUGUAUUUACAUAAUAUUAACAUAAUAUAACAUAAACCUAAAUUCAAGUCUUUAUACCCAGAUAUGUUACACUUGUUUUAAACAUAAACUGUCUUCAUUCUUAAAUUUCUUUCAUAAAACAAGACUCAGGCAAAAACAAGCCAAAAACAAGACGAAAUGCUUAGUUAAAAUUCAAUUUUGCAGUGUACCGACAGCCUUCCCACACAAUUGGUACAAUAGUGCAAUUACAAAACAAAGAACAAAAUGUUAAAAGCAUUACUGAUCCACAUUGAUUAUACUCAACCUUUAAAUUAAUUAUUUACAGGUCUCGGGAGAUUAAGUAGGAAUCACACAUAGUAGCUAUUCAUUUUCUGUCUUGAUAAUAAUCAAAAUAAUAAUCAAAAUAACAAUCAAAAUAUCUCUCAUUGGGGUACACAAAAUAAACUUGAAUUAAGUUUAUUUUGCUAACAUCAUUUGCAGAAAUUUUAGCUUGUUUUAGGCAUAAACCUACAUAUUUGUAUAAAAAAACAAAACUUAAUUAUCUUAAUAUCUUAAGUUAUUUUGCUCGAUCUUUAUUUUUUGAACUUUUAAACUUUUGCGCCGAAGAACAACACAAAAAUACAGAUAAAGACCUUUCUUAGAUUUUAGUUUUUUUUUGCAGUUUUCUUAAAGAACAGGAUAACUGAAAAUCUUGUCAUAAUUUACUCUUUACUCAUUAUUUUGUUGUUCAAAUAUACCGGGAUAUACAUUUUCCAAAGGAUUUGUUUUAAGAAUCAGAAUGACUUUACUCAUAACGAUGACUUUAAUAGUUCCGUUAGGACCUUAACUUUUGUGAUGAUAAGCAGUCAUUGUUUGGGAAAGAACUACAUAAAUCUCCUUCAAAAAACAACACGUUUUCGGAAAAAAAACUGGAAUUUUAAAUGUUUCGGAUGAACAACUUCUUGAAAAGAUCAAAUAUUUACCUUUUUUACAUUCUCUGACUGUUACCUACUUUCAAACCAAGAGGUCAAACAAAACUUCCAAAAAGACAUGGAGUAUUUUUCUUUUUACUAAGAGAUCCAACUAAAGCCCAUCUGAAUGUUUGACGUGCGUUUGGGCAAGGACCGUAAAGCAAAGGAUACGAGUUGGAGGUGUCCAGACAUCCCUGUAUCAAACAUUUCAUUUUCUCUGCUUGUGUCAGAAGAGCUUUGAUGUCUCUCUUGCAGAUGCCGUCUUCAUAUGUCAAGUUUCCCUUUUACAUGCAUUCCUGUGUGAAUUUAUUUAUAAGUGCAAGACAGAAACUGCGCGUAAACUAGAACCAAAAGCGGGUAGGAGUAUGUUUUGGACAGCCAGGCCAGUGAAGUAGUUACUUCUGUCAUCUCUUUGAAGGAUGUGUGCCCUGAUUUUCUUGACCUCUGUCGGAAAAACACUGUGAACAAACACACUGGAGUUUCGAUUCACAGCUAAGCUUUUGUAAGUUAUUAGAUAUGACCGUUUAUUUGGUAUAACAACAGGCCUAUUGUUUUUCAUAUUGGACAGUGUCUAUAUACGUUUUCGAUUUGCUUUUUCCAGCAGCGUUAUACAGAAACUGAGUAGUGAAUACACCAGGGUAUACAACUAUGGCAUCCAUUACAUUACAGAUGUGAAGCUUCUGCUGAACAAUACAAUAGUUUGUGUAUUUCUGUCAAAUGUCUAUCAAAUAUCAGCAACCUAUUUUAUCCAAAUAAAUGAUGCCUUCAUUUGAGAUGUGUGUGUGAAGAUAAUGAAACUUUGCCCAACACUCAAAAGAUUUAAAACACAAGAACUGAUCAUUCAGAAGGUGUUUG